UGAAGAAAAUAAUAAGAGGGAAAAUAUUCUGUAUAUUGAAUUGUUCUGCUAAGUACAAGGAGUUUCUCCUUUAUUUAUAGGAGAGGAUAAAGACCAAAACACAAAAGGAAUUCUAUUCCUACAAGGAAACAAAUCACUAAAUAUGAACAAGGAAACAAAUCAAGAGCAAUCCCACUUAGAAUGGGAUUUGCUCUCCUUCUUGCCGUGUGGUCCAAGGAGCACCGCCCAACAAUUAGAGUACCCGCUAUCUUCCAGCGGUAAGGGCUAAGGGUUGGCUGACCCAUAGUGGUAACCUCGUCUUUCUCAGGUCGAAUGCCAAGUGACGCGCUAUGGUUAGCCAUGGAGAAUGUCGUCCCCAGGCAUGACCUUUAUUCUCGCCACUCCCUCGUCAAUGGAGGAGUUUUAUCUGACCUUAACCUCGUCUUGGGCAUACCUCUCUUUAUUCUUCCUUCGGCCUAUUUCUGCAAUCAUCUUCGUCCUCUCUUUGCUUCUAUUUGGCUGGCUUUUGGCGUGGAAGUUGGUGUUGGUUCAUGUUCCUCUUGUUCAAGAAAUUUUCGGCUUGAAGAAGAAGCCCGUCAAGCCCAAACCCCAAAAUCGCCGGCGGUUCACCCAAUUUUACAACGACAUGGAUUCCCGGAAUUCUUCUGCCGCUCAAUGGUCAAAGUAGAAGAGGCCACAAGCUUCAGGUUCAUGUCAAGAAGUGAUGAGAGGAGCACACUUCAACUGCAGCCAACCUGAAAGAGUUUCUCUGGAACUUCUACUCGAAUUCAUGUUAUCUACUGGUCAUGAAUGGGCUCGGAGGGUUGUUCUGUGUGAAAAAAAAUGUGUUGCUCCCUCUAUUCUCUUUUAACUGUUUGUUUUGUAAUGAAAAAAAAAUAUGAUCCUUCCUCUGUCCAUAAAAAAGCUCAUUGUUUGAUGUUCAUAGACUUUAAAAAUGUGCAAAAUUGUAAAGUAAAGUUUGAAAAUAAUU